AUGAUUGCGAUACCCAUCUCUGCUUUCGACCCCGGCUCCAGUCUGUUUACCGACAUUAUGGAAUGGACGACGCAGAUAUUCUGGACUUUCGACAUCCUCAUGUCCCUUAUCACCGGAUACGUCUCCAAGGGGCAGAUCGUGAUGUCACCGUUUCCUAUUUUCAUCCACUAUCUGAAGACAUGGUUCGUGCUUGAUGUCAUCGUGGUUGGUCCAGAUUGGUUUAUGACAUUCGUGGCCUUGUCGGCCGCGGGAGAAGAUGAAGGUGGCAGCACGAGUGUAAGCCGACUAAUGCGAAGCAUCCGAGUCGUCCGCACAGUGCGGCUGCUCCGUUUGGUGAAGUUGAAGAGGAUCUUAGACAUGCUGAAGGACAGGAUCACAUCUGAAGUUGUGUUCAUCUUGCUGAACAUACUGAAGCUGAUCAUCCUGCUUCUGCUGGUGAACCAUUUCAUCGCGGCAUUGUGGUACUCGAUGGGAAGCUUGGGUGGCGAUGGCGUCCCGAACUGGAGAGAUGCUUACAACAUGCGACCUGAGCAACAGUCCAUCUACUACCGCUAUGCUACGUCCUUGCACUGGAGCCUGACACAGUUCACUCCGGCAACAGUAGACGUGCACCCGCAGAAUAUGGUCGAGCGCACCUUUGCGAUCCUGGUCUUGAUCUUUGGACUCGUCCUCUUCUCGUCUUUUAUCAGUUCAAUUACUGCCUCGAUGACCCAGUUGCGCAACAUGCAGGAAGACAAAUCGAAGCAAUUUUGGCUGCUUCGUCGAUACCUGCAGCAGAAGCAGGUGCCGCCAGAUCUGGGGUUCAAGGUCUUGCGCUACACAGAGUAUGCCACGAGCAGCCAUGGCGAAGCCAUCCCAGAGCAUAGGAUCACCAUCCUUGGAAUGCUGACGAAGCAAUUGCGCAGCGAACUUCGCUUCGUGACCCACUACAGUGCCUCUCCUGAAUAA